GGAUACGCAGCAUACAGCAGGCUGGUGAAUAAGGCUUGCAAUUUGACGGGUUUUGUGUUGUUCCAAGUGGCCAACGCAGAUCGGGAUUCUGGAGAGAUCUUGGCAAUGUUGCCGUUGCAAAAGGCGAUGGCUAUAGAAAGCCGCAGCAUCGUUUACUUGGCUAGGGUGGGUCAUGAGCGAGUCAAAGCAGAGGUUAGGCCGACUUAAUUGUCAAGAGAUCUGCCGAGCCGAAGACGACGUAUCACCACAAACGAGCGGAGUGAUAUGAACGUGGUAUGUAUGCGCUGGUGCCUAGUAUACGUCUAUGUAGACAGCACGCAGCGAGGAAGGCAUUCCGUAGGUGUCAGUUGGUGUCAGCCAAACUCAACUUGUUUCGCAGACGGAGCUGUGGAAGGCUGCGGGCAAUUGGAACCCGCGACGUUGCGUUUGGCACAUACUGUAUGCACUUUGUAGCUGGUAAUAGCACAUCCAUGUGCAGCGCGUACGCCGUACAUGCUCCGGCGGCUGGAAUCUGCUGGAAUGUUUUCAGGGCCGUAAGGACCGCAUACAGGGGAUUGGUUAGGGGGGAAAACGAACACGACUGUUGUGACGAGUUUGACAUGUGCGUGGCCUCCUUGUCUUGCCUUUGUGUUGAUCUCGUGACUCAGCGCAUUCUUUAGCGCGAGCAUGUCUCUGCAUCAAUGCACAGACCGCUCACCGGCACUGCACUACUAUCAGACGCC